AUGGCUGGUGCUAGAGAGGGCAUCAAUUUUGUUCGGAUCUUCUUCUACGGUGGAAACACUAUCAGCGCUGAACGCAAAAGAAGUUUAGUGGCCCUAGCCUAUGCAACAGCACGGGAUCAACUGCUGGCACCCAAGGCAAUCUUGAUCCGUUCUGACAUGCACAAUACCACCACCAACAACGGAAGGCAUGUCGUAGAUCCUCAAGGCUGGCAUGGGACCUUCGCCUUCAAGGCCAGCGAUCAGCUUCUACGUGAAUAUCAUGUUGCAUCACACGGUUAUACCAAUGGUAAAGAGGACUUUGCUCUUAAGGAAGCUACUCAUACUUCAGAGAAGGCGGACAGCACUCGUCGUGGUGGGCCGCGGUCUGAUAAAGUUGUUUGGCCACCCGAGGAAUUCCUUGAAGAAUAUGAAGACAGCCCGAUCGGCUACUCACAUCUAUCAACUCAAAGUUAG